AUGUCGAGAUUCGGCGGCCGAUUCUUACCAAACAUCGAGCACGAGGUGCGCAGACAGGCGACCGAACCUAUUGGCAAAUGGCGCCAAGAGUGGGUGGUCCCGACAGGAACAUUGGCCGACGGCAGCGCCUCCUCUUCUUCCGUGUCUGCCAAUGUGGGCGUCAAGAUCCUGAAAUGGGUGCGCGUGCCAGAUGAGAACAUCACGUUCCCGGAAGAGCAAGACGUGUUGGCCGAGGAUCGAAUCGCCGACGAUAAGGCGAUUGUCGAAGUGCCCGUGCAGAGUAUUCACAAUGCCCCUGCUGUCGACACACCUGGUGCGGGCGGAUCGCUCUCGAGCGCUGGAGGUGGAUUGGGAACUAUCGCACCCAAAGAGCCCUCGACGACGCCUGCACCUGCCGCCGAAGCCUCGACAACCACAGCAGCAACAGCAGCGCAAGGCAGCGACAUCACUCCAGCCUCAGCUAUCCCAGCCCAUGUCACAUCCACCUUCUCAGAGCCCACGUCCAGUUUCAACACCACUGCAGACAACACCCCGACUGAUUCCGUCGCCAACACCCCCGCCCCCUCGGCACCCGAAUCACUCACCAACAGCCAACACCAACCACCGCACCUCAGCCAGGCUCUUUCGUCCCAGGGCGGCGAGUCGACGGGCACGGGCGGAAACACACCAACAAUCCAGCCCCAAGUCGAGUCGCAGCUGCACGACCAGCCCAUCCUCGGUCAGCAGACCGACAACGCCACCUUGGCCGUGCUUGCUGCGGGCGCAGAGGCCGAGCAGCAACCAGCAGCGAGGGAGGAGACCAUGGUGUCGACGGAUCCGAAUGCUUCCGUGCCUGCGACCACGUUCGAGGACGAAACUGCCACGGCUGGUGCUAGUGCGCCCGCCGAUGUCGACAUGAAGGAUGCUUAG